AUGCCUCCUCAGCUCCCGUCCCAGAAACAGAACGGUCCCAGGAUCCUGCAGGGCGAUCUGAGUGCCCUCAGCCCGGCCAUCAAGCAGUUUGUGGAUGCCAACGUGAGUCUGUGCCAGCCCGAAUGCCUCCACAUCUGCGACGGCUCUGACGAGGAGAACCGAGCCAUCCUGACUCAGCUGGAGGAGCAGGGGAUGAUCAAGAAGCUUACCAAAUAUGAGAACUGCUGGUUGGCCAGGACCGACCCGAGGGAUGUGGCCCGUGUGGAGAGUAAGACUGUGAUUGUGACCCGGGACAAGAGGGACACCGUGCCCACGCCGCUGGGGGGCGGAGUUAGCCAGCUCGGCCGCUGGAUGUCCCCGGAAGAAUUUGACAAGGCGAUGGAUCAACGGUUCCCCGGCUGCAUGAAAGGCCGUACCAUGUACGUGAUUCCCUUCAGCAUGGGUCCGGUGGGCUCCCCCCUGUCUAAGAUGGGAGUGCAGCUGACAGACUCUCCCUACGUGGUGGCCAGUAUGAGGGUGAUGACCCGCAUGGGGACGGCUGUGCUGUCCGCUCUGGGGACAGGAGAGUUUGUCCGCUGUCUGCACUCCGUCGGCUGUCCUCUGCCGCUCAAAAAGCCCUUGGUGAACAACUGGCCCUGUAACCCCGAGCAGACCCUAGUGGCCCACAUCCCAGACGGCCGGCAGAUCGUGUCGUUCGGUAGCGGCUACGGAGGAAACUCCCUGCUGGGCAAGAAGUGCUUCGCUCUGCGCAUUGCCUCUCGUAUCGCCAAGGAGGAGGGCUGGCUGGCAGAGCACAUGCUGAUCCUGGGCGUGACCAACCCUGCGGGGGAGAAGAAGUACAUGGCGGCAGCGUUCCCCAGCGCCUGUGGGAAGACCAACCUGGCCAUGCUGUGUCCCACGCUGCCCGGCUGGAAGGUUGAGUGCGUGGGAGACGAUAUCGCCUGGAUGAAGUUUGACCACCAAGGCAACCUGCGUGCAAUCAACCCUGAGAAUGGCUUUUUCGGAGUCGCGCCCGGCACCUCGGUCAACACCAACCCCAACGCCAUGGAGACCAUCGUGAAGAACACCAUUUUCACCAACAUUGCCGAGACCAGUGACGGGGGAGUGUACUGGGAAGGAAUGGACCAAUCGCUGCCCGCUGGAGUCAGCAUCACCUCCUGGAAGAACCAGCCCUGGAGCUCGCAGGACGGCGAACCCUGUGCUCACCCCAACUCUCGUUUCUGCACUCCAGCCGGUCAGUGUCCGAUCAUCGAUCCGCUGUGGGAAUCCCCAGAGGGAGUCCCAAUCGAGGCCAUCAUAUUCGGAGGCCGCAGGCCAGAAGGUGUCCCUCUGGUAUACGAGGCUUUCAGCUGGCAGCACGGUGUGUUUGUUGGAGCAGCCAUGAGGUCGGAGGCCACCGCUGCAGCUGAACACAAAGGUAAGAUGAUCAUGCACGACCCCUUCGCCAUGCGGCCCUUCUUUGGCUACAACUUCGGCCAGUACCUCUCUCACUGGCUGAGCAUGGCCGAGCGCCCCGGUGCCAAGCUCCCCAAGAUCUUUCACGUCAACUGGUUCCGCAAGAGCCCCACCGCCGGAUUCCUAUGGCCCGGUUUCGGCGACAACAUCCGCGUGCUGGACUGGAUGUUCAGGCGGGUGAACGGUGAGGCCGGCGCCAUGCCCUCUGCCGUGGGCUACCUGCCAUACGGUGAUUCCCUGAACCUGCAGGGGCUGCAGGAGACCGUGAACCUCACAGAGCUGUUCUCCCUGGAUCAGGAGUUCUGGCAGAGGGAGGUGGAGGAGGUGAGGAGGUACCUUACCGUGCAGGUGAAUGACGACCUGCCCAGCGAGGUGGCCCGGCAGCUGGAGCUCCUGCAGCAGAGAGUGGAUCAGAUGUAA